CGCACAGACAUGGCUCCACAUGCAGAAGCACUGGCACUAUAACCUUGAUUGAUCAGCGUCUUCGCUUGAGACCACCUAAAAGAGCAACAUGCAGGCUGCUAUGGAUAUCACGGCAAAGUAUUGCCAUAAAGAAAUGGAGGCAUAUGGGUCAUGUGUGGCCUCCAACCCAUCAACAUGGCAGUCAAAGUGUUAUGAACUGAAGAUGAAGGUUGCACAGUGCACAUCAUCACACCCAGUGAUCCAGAAGAUCAGACAGGAUUGCUCCGCAGAGUUUGUAGAGUUUGAGCGCUGCCUGAGAGAAAACCAGGACAAACCUACCUCCUGCUCAUUACACGUGGCUCGCUUUCUGGGGUGUGCGGAGACAGUAGACCUCAGUGCAGUGGAUCCGGUACCUCGGCCAUCGUAGCAUUCAGACAUCUUCCAUCCCCUUCAGAUUACUGCUGUCUUAACAGCAGGACAAAUGGGCUGGCUUUACAUUUGUCCCAUCCAUGUUAAUGUAUGGGACAUAAGUCUGUGUGACUUAUUUUGUCUUUCUUUGACAAAGAUAAAUGUGAAUUGCAACGGUACAACUGUGAGUUAGACAGGUUAAAAUAUUCAAUUACUGCAUCGUUCUUCUCGUACUCCUCGUGUAACUGUUGUGUUCAUGUGAUGAUAACAGUUAUAAUUUCCUGUAUGCAGGAAGUCUGUUUUUUACGAACCAUCUCAUUAAAAUUGACAUCAGACUUGUAUUACUCAUCCGGUGUAGUCAUCCUCUGUGGUUUUCUGUUGGUAAUGUCUGUCCCUCCCACCCCUUGCCCUCUCCAGGUCUGAGUCAGAGUCAAAUAUUAAACUGGAAUGUACCGCUCCCACACAAACUCUCCUGACUACUCAAUGACUUAGAAAUAGGGAGUCUGGGAAGGAAGGAGAAGUAGGAGGCUGUCCACUUCUAAUCAGCGGGACUACUGAGAGACACAAAGGGAGGAUAUUGAGUUAUGAGCCCUGUGACCACUAAGCAGAACAGACCUUUUCUGGUUCAAUUAUUAAAGCUUUGAAGGGGAGGGGAAACAGAUUAAUUUCUUUUCAAGUGUAAUAUCUGCUGUUCUUACCAGAUGAGAAAGUAAUCAGUGCAUCACCAUUCAUCAUAUUUAGGACAAUAAGGCAAUCGCACUUCAAAGAUGAAACCGCAGAUUGUAUUGAAGAUACGGCAACAUUACAUUCAAAGCACAUCACCUGGCAGUCACUGAACAAAAAAGUAAGAUAGGAACUUGCCUAAUACCGCACAAAUAAGUUACAUUUACAAAAAUAUCACUGUAAAAAUACCAUGAGUCAGUGAUCGGAGUCAAACAUAUAAUGUCAUGAAAGAAUGUCACAAGCUGCAGCCGAUCACUGGCACCUAAAUGAAACAAGUAUCACCCUAAUCCUAUUUUAUUGUGAGUCUGAUCCUGGUGCUUUCUGCACUUGCUUUCCAACUUCAGUUUGGAGGCUAUUUCUUUAGACCUACUUUGUGACACAUAAAUAUCAUGCUACAAUUUAAAUAUUUGCUGAUUAUCACAGAAGAAGGUACAAAAUAUCUACCUAACAACAUCUAAUUUGAGAUGUUUGAGAAAGAAGUUAUUACAGAAAUUGACUACAACAAUUAAGUGUAACACAGUCAUACUCACAUUUACAUUUGAGAGGACAUCAUCAUCAUGUGCCCAGUGUUCGAACUUUUGGGCAUUCUAGAUCUAUUGGUUGUCACUUACUGCACUGCUUCUAAGUGAUUACAUUAUAAAAGAGAAGGGAAAGCAAAAUAAAUAAUCACUUAUACAACCCUGUUUCCGCAUAAGGCUCCUCAAAUAACCCUGUAGUGUUGUCUAAAUGCUAAAAAAAGAUGCGAUUUUUUUUUUUUGGUCCAUAUUAAACAUGCAUUGUCAAAAACUAGUAGUUUGAAAUUACCAUUUCACAUGGAGAGUUUCUUCCUCUUUGCAAUCUGCGUCCUUGAAUUCACUGGGCAAGUUAAAUUGUACUCCUAUCCUGCUCAAUAUCCUGAGUUAUAGCUCAGGUCACAUAAACAUACACACUAACCUGAGAGCAAUUUGUACUCCAAUCCAUAUACAGUAUUGUAUAUGCUGCAGUCUUCCACACACAAUAACAUCACUAGUCCUGUCGAGAAAAAAAGUAAUGCAAACUACUAUUAGACUCUCAGCUGCUCAUAAGGCCUGCCAAGACUCCUGAUGCGCGUACCUUGAUUGAUGAAUUCACUUUCAACAACCAAUUAUCAUCUGUAAAUCAUGAUAUACACAUAAAUAUGUUUGAUAGGUGUCUUUUGUUUGUCAUUUUUUUUGUCGGAAAGUGCCAUGAAACGUGUUUCAUUGAACAUUACAUAAAUACAACAGGAGAAAUUGAGGUCUUUUUACAUAU